UUUGCAUGAGCCUGUGAGAAUUUCCUGGUGGGGCUUGGAGUCACCCAAAGCUGGACGGAGGAGAGCUGCUACGGUGAUAGACAUCUUUGCCAUCAUGGCAGCACCAGGAAGCACGGCCAAUGGGGUGCUUGUGUUCAUACCCCCAAACAGCGCUGGCGUCAUCCACCAAGGCCAGGGGGUCUCUGGUGCCAUUUCCCAGACUCCUGAGAUGGUGCAAUGUGGGCCCCAGCAGUUCAGGGUCAUGAACCCUGCAAACCAACCUCUUGGGUCAGUGUACCCCAGGAGUCCUGCUGAACAGGUCGUGCAGCUGAGGCAAAUGGGGAUGAUGGAGAGAUUCCUCAAAUCACAGUCUAAGACCAUGGGGGCCAUCCAGAUCCUGAUUGGGCUGAUGCACAUUGGCUUUGGGGGUAUCUCUGGAGCUUUCUUCGGACCCUAUGCUCCCAUCUCUUUUAUAGGAGGAUAUCCGUUCUGGGGAGGACUUUCUUUCGUCAUUUCUGGAUCCCUCUCAGUUGCAGCUGAGAAUCAUCAAAAUACCUGUCCGGUGAAAGGCAGCCUGGGAAUGAACAUCACUAGCGCCAUCUUCUCAGCCAUUGGGAUCAUUCUCUUGCUAGCGGAGCUGAUUAUUAAUGCAAGUUACAGCUAUUUUGGGUUGGCUGCCGCGAAGGGGAUCGCAGUCUUGCUGUUCUUGUUCACCAUCCUGGAGUUCUCCAUCACUGUCUCAACCUCGUACUUUGCGUGCCUAGCCAUCUGCUAUACCCCUAACACUGCCAUGCUGUUCAGGCCAUAUGUUGCCAAUGCAAACCUUGGGGUUCCUUCUGCACAAAUGGCCUCUCCAGCACCUCCUACAAGUGGAUUAGACCCCAAAGAUGAGACUGAGUAA